AACUCUUUUCAUGCUAUUUCUCUGCCAUUUUCAAUUUUUCUCCCAAUCCAAACAGGCAAACACUAUAGAUUUCUUUGUUCUAUGAUUUUGUAGCUGAAUGUUGAAGCUCGUCAAUGGAGAGAAACUGUGCAAUGGUGAACAACACGAGUACAGAAGAAGAGAUUGAGCUUGAGCUAGGAUUGUCCAUAGGUGGAGGAUAUCAAAGACCGGAGAAAUUGAAGCCUAUUAAGAAAGAACCAGUGCUGGUUCUACAAACGAGCAAUUCGAAUUCCGAUGGCUCUGAAGCCGAGAAAAACCACCGCCAUCAGAACAAUAAUCGUCAAAGCUGUACGAGAUCUAGUGUGUCACCGUCUUUUGUCAGAGAUGCAGAGCAGGAAAUUGAUCCGCAGGCAAAGCGUGAGAUUCAGGCUGCCCGGAGACAAGAAGCGAAGAAGAAGAGAGAAGAGAAGCAGCAAAGGAAGCGGAUGUGCAAGGGGCAAAAUGGAGAUUACGUGAAUGAAUUUGAAUUUGAUAUGAAGGAAAGAAUAUGUAAGAGAAACAAAAUUAGCGACGCCGGAUCUGGAAGCAACGAUGAGAUUUCAAACGUGAACGGAAAAUUGACAGGUGAACAAAGUAGGGAUUGCAAUUUGUUUUCCAAUCCAAUGGCCUACAUUGCAUCGCCGAUGUGUCCGGUUAUGGCAAUGCAGAACCAGCUUCCGCCUCUGCAGUGCGUUCCGGUGACAAAUGGUUUUGCGUAUCCGUACAUGAUGCCGUGCUGGGCCGAGAGUCGAACCGGUGUGGGAAGCGAGAGGAACGUGAUUCGACCAGUUGCGAACCGCAGUUUGAGGCCGAUUGAGGCGACGUCGGAAUCGGUUCUUAGUUUGUCGAUUUGUAGUUCCUCCACCGUCUCCGAGAACCACAGCUCUACUCAGCAAGGUGGUAGCAAUAGUGACACUAUAAGCCAUUCCAAUGUAUCCCUCCAAGAACAAAAUCAGAAGAAUGAUACAAAAGAGGCAGCAGAAGAUGGUGUAUCGGCUCACUUGUUAGAAUCCGCUGAAAGCAUCAACAAAUCAACAAACCGAAUCGAUCAGCCAGCAUCAUCAGAUGCUUUUGAAUCAACCACAGCUAAACCCAAGGAAGAACCCAUAUCAGAAACCAAACCACAUAAUCCGUCAAGGAACCUGCUUGUUUCAACUCCUGAGAAGACUCCUCCUGUCCCUAACACAUUGAGGGAAACAAAGGGGAAACCUCCUAUGCCCGUUAAUUCAAACCCGAACACUACUCCACUUCCUCAUAUGCCCUGUGUUUCGACGACGGGGAACGGUCCCAACGGGAAAACCAUCAAUGGUUUUUUGUAUAGAUAUACGAAAACAGAGGUCAGCAUUGUCUGUGUUUGCCAUGGUGCCACAUUCUCUCCAGCUGAGUUCGUCCAGCACGCUGGAGGCACGGAUUUAUCACAGCCGCUACGACACAUUACCGUGAUCCCAUCUGCCUUUUAACCAUAAACAAAGAGCUAGCAUAUAAAAUGCAAUAUAUUUCUGGAGGAAUGGUCUGGUCUGGUCUGGUCUGUGGAUGUUUUCUUGAUAUGGGAUGUGUUGGAUCACAGGAGCUCUUUCCUGGUAAAUUAAUGGAGGAGACUUUGGCCUUGCUUUUGUUUUUUUGUUUCCUCUAACUAUAUUAACAGGAUUUCUUAAGUCAAGUCAAAUGCCUGGGCUUGCAUGUCAGAAAUUCAUUGUAAAAUCAAUCAUCUUAGCUUUAGUUUGUUUGGUUCAACUUAUCUUUGGAGAUUCCAACAAGAUGAUGAUGAUUUUACAGUGGCUAUAUGCUUUCCCUGCCUUAAAACUGUCAGUGGUAGAUUGGUAAUUUUACAAUGUACAUGGUGUGAAAAACAAAAGUGAAUCUUUUUGUUCAAUACUGAAU